AGAGGAGGAGGAGGAGGGCCUACAGCUAUUGUUCAUGUCCUCCCGUGAACAAAGGGCUCAUCGGGGUCCGUAUGUAAACCCACAGCAGGCUUCAGCCCACUAACAAGGCCUCAUGCGGGACAAAACAUAGCCGACCGACUCCCGCAAUUUGGGCCGUAUUCCCUCUCAGUGUCGCGGUUUGAGCAGAUUUUUUUGUAUUGAUCCUGUUCACAGGGACGUAUUGUGUUGGUACGUCGCGUCCAGCGGGCCUAUCCGUCUUUACGCACGGAGCGUACACACGGUCUAUCACCACGGAUCUGUAAACAUCAAUUUUCUGAUUGGACUUCUUUGCAGGCUGUUCCUCCAAGUCAUUCAAGCUGUACUCCCCCAAGGAGCCCCCCAACGGUAGCACUUUCCCCCCUUUCCACCCCGGCACCAUGCUGGACAGAGACGUGGGUCCCACCCCAAUGUAUCCUCCCACAUACCUGGAGCCAGGAAUAGGGAGGCACACACCAUAUGGCAACCAGACAGACUACAGAAUAUUUGAACUCAACAAACGGCUACAGAACUGGACAGAGGAGUGUGAUAACCUGUGGUGGGAUGCAUUUACUACAGAGUUCUUUGAAGAUGACGCCAUGUUGACUAUUACUUUCUGUCUGGAGGAUGGACCCAAACGUUACACAAUUGGCCGGACGUUGAUUCCAAGAUACUUCCGGAGUAUAUUUGAGGGCGGUGCCACUGAGCUCUACUAUGUGCUGAAACAUCCCAAGGAGUCCUUCCACAAUAACUUUGUCUCCCUCGACUGUGACCAGUGCACCAUGGUCACCCAGAAUGGAAAGCCAAUGUUCACACAGGUGUGUGUAGAGGGGCGCUUGUACCUGGAGUUCAUGUUUGAUGACAUGAUGAGGAUAAAGACGUGGCACUUCAGCAUCAGACAGCACCGUGAACUCAUCCCCCGCAGUAUACUGGCCAUGCAUGCCCAGGACCCACAGAUGCUGGACCAGCUGUCCAAAAACAUUACAAGAUGUGGCCUGUCGAACUCUACUCUUAACUACCUCCGACUCUGUGUUAUCCUGGAGCCCAUGCAGGAGCUGAUGUCCAGACACAAGACAUACAGCCUCAGCCCCAGAGACUGCCUCAAGACCUGCCUCUUCCAGAAAUGGCAGAGGAUGGUGGCACCACCAGCUGAACCAUCAAGACAGGCCCCAAACAAGCGGCGGAAGCGUAAGAUGUCAGGUGGCAGCACCAUUAGCGGAGGAGGAGGAACUAAUAACAACAACAACAACAAAAAGAAAAGCCCUGGCAGCGGCUUCCCUCUGUCCAGCCAAGUUCCAGAUGUGAUGGUAGUGGGAGAGCCCACAUUGAUGGGAGGGGAGUUCGGCGACGAGGACGAGCGUCUGAUCACGCGGCUGGAGAACACACAGUUCGACGCGGCCAACGGCAUCGACGACGAGGACAGCUUCAACAACUCUCCGGCGCUGGGCUCCAACUCGCCCUGGAACAACAAGGCCCCCUCCAGCCAGGAGAGCAAGAGCGACAACCCCACCUCACAGGCAUCGCAAUAGAGCCCGGAGCCCCGCAACCUCAACACAAACCCCCCUUUCCCCCCGUCUCUGUCACUCCUCAGCCCCCCCACCACCCCCACCCAACCAACCCCACCCCCGACAGCCAUGGGUGCAACAGAAGCACCCCUCUCGCCCACUCGCUGACCAAGACAUCAUUUAGAGCUCAGAUUCAUCAAACACAGGUAGCCCGAAGGAGCUCCCACUGAGCCAGUUCUUCCCCUCAUGUUUAGGCACUGCGGUCCCACCUCUGCCCCCCCCCCCCCUUACCUCAUACACAACACGACCCGUCUGCUCUUGCUAAUUUUCAGUUCGGACAGCGACUUGGUAAAUGCUACCAAGGAGGCGCGGGGAUUUAAUCCAGGGGAGAACUGUGCACUCUAAACAAACCGUACUGAACUCUAAAAACACCCUAAACAAACCAUACACCUGUAGGAAGGGGCGGGAGUGGAGGGGAUGGGGAGGGAAGAGGGGGGCGGCGGGGCUCGGAGAUGGUGACAAGUUGCUUAGGGACGACUUGUCCACCCGUCCUCUAUACAUUGGCUCUCAAUUCUGGACUGCCUUGACGCGUAAGCCACCGGUAACGUCUGUUAAUAGAGUAUAUGUGUGUGCGCGCGAGUGUGUGUGAUGUUUGAGGAGAGAGAAACGAGGCCGUCUGAAUGCGUCUGUGGCUUUGCCAAAUCAGGCAGACCAGAAUUUAGAAUCAGUCUCAAAAACCAUUGAAAUUCACACUCUUAGCAGGAGAGCUGAAAUGUGGCACUAGGGAAGUGACACACACAUAUACACACACAUAUACACAUACACACACACAAAAACACAAUGAUUGAAGGAUUUUGAGUCCCCUAGUGCCCGAGCCAUCUCUGAUUAGACUACAGUGGAUGCAGUCUUUCAAACAGAGAGCAUUUACAACACACACACAUACACACAGUUACACAUUUUAAGAGUUUUUAUACAGUAUAUAUUUCCCUAGAAUGUUUUUUAAUUUGUAUUAAACGCCUUCAUUUCAAUUGUUACUUUUUUAUUUUCUACCGAUACUGAAAAGCUACAGACCAAGGAGCAACACAGGACUUUUAUCCCCCCUCCCCCUCUAAAAUAUAUUGUUUUUAUCUUUUAUGUUUAUAAAAGAGAAAUAAUUUAGUGUGGAUGUUUUUAUUUUGUCUUUUUCGUUCCUUUUUUGGAGAUUUGAAUUUUUGUGUAUUUGUGCUUGUAUAUUUAAGGUAGUAGCAAAGUUCUGUCUGACUGUAAUAAAAUGUAUUCUUACUUAGAUUUACCUAAAGCCAUCCCGAUCUAAUGUAAAGAAACAAAAAUAGGAAAAAGGAGAAAAAACACUCAUGAACCCGUCCCUCUUAUCUUCCCACCUGCUCUUUCCUCCUCCUCCUCCCUCUUUUUUAAAACUGUAAAUUAAAUUACAAACCCCGGGGGUACAAUGGCACCAUGGAAAGAUGAUUUUACUGUGUCUGUUGAUUUCUUUUUUCUUUUCUUUUUGUAUUUAUUUUUGGAAAUUUCAGAAACUCACUCAUAUUUCAUGUAUACAGGAAGUGAUUUUUUUUCACUUACCAAUCAUCACAACUUUUGUGUACUGCAACUUUCAACCUGAUGUCAAGUGAAUGUGCUCGCUGAGUUUGUUAGUUAACCAGUGAAUUUGAAGUUUAAUCACUGGCUACAAACAGAGGGUUUUUUAUUAGUUUUCUGUCCAAACUGUCUUUAUUUGUGUGGUCUCUUUUUAUAAAUCCACAGAGUGACGCCAUCAGUCAUCCAAGCAUCUUCUAAAACCAGCUUAACAUUAAGUCCAGUCGGCAUAUUUGGUAGCAAUGCUGAGUCUGUAGAUUCGAAUAAAAAGCGGCUGAAGCUCUGUUAUUCUUUUGUACAUUUCCAUUUCGUUUCAGUUAAAUCCAGCAGCAGUUAUGAUUGAGUUUGAAUGGUGACUUGUACCUUCUCCAAACCCUGUAGAAAAAUCAUUGUUUGAUAUAUAUUUUUUGAUUUGGUUAGUUUCUGCCCUUGAUAAUUAAUGUAUGGUACCAAUAAAAAGAUACAUUUUCACUUUAAAA